AUGGCUUCCGCUUCACAAGAUCCCUUCUUAGCAGACCUGCCGACCGAGAUUGCAAGCACCUUGCAAGCAAGCCAUAUCCGAAGCCAUCCAGACCCCGCCCUUGAUAUGGCGCCCGGCACUGCUGCUGACGACAAGGAGAUUCUUAACGAAAAGUACGAGUACGACGCGCUGCUGCGGAGCAGUAGCGCCGAUCAGCUCGACAACAUGGACGACGACGAGGAUGAUAUCCCAUACAGUGUCCUCAAGCGUCCACGCCGCCAACGACAAGCUUUGCCGCCUCUACCCGACCUGCGCUUCGAGCAGAGCUACCUCAAGAGCAUCGCUUCGGCCGACACAUGGUGGAAGAUUGCUCUUAUCACAACACGAGAUCAGGUCAUCAUGCCUCUAGCUCAGGGUCUUAUCUACAACCUCGUUCUUUGCGGUUGGCAGGAAUGGAAUCGCAAUGCCAAACUCCAUGGCGACACCGCCGGUGCCCGUGUCCGUAGAUGGUGGUACGGCAUCAACAACUGGACGGUCCCCAGCGAUGGCCAGCAUCGCCACUAUCGCAGAUGA